UGUUUUCAUCCUUAUUAACAAAAACUGAUUUCACCCAUGGCCCAACGCUCCUCUCAACCGCCACUCUUUUGUGUAGUGUGCUCCAUAACCACGCCGAGGAAGUGUUGUUAGCCCUGACUGCACAAUUUGCUUGUCUGUCUGAAUUUGUGGAGUUCACUUCAUCACUGAUCGGAGCUGGGGUCUUGUAGCCUUAGCUUCGAAUGUUGAGUUGAUUAGAUUGAGGGUUGAAUGAGAAUGGAGCACUGGCAAGCGUGAGGGGACUCGACUGGGGGUGUUUUCCAAGCACAAUGAAGCACUGUGGGCUUACAAGUGAUGGGAGUUUUGUCUUCUCGUUGCAAUCUGGGAAUUCGAGAGAGCAAUGCGGUCCAUGAGUACCCGGGAUUAUGCUACCUUAUGUAGUAGCUUUCUGCUAUUUCCUUGACUUCUCUCAGUGAAAUCACUUGAGGGUUCAAGAUUUUGGGGUUUGGCACCAGCGAGUACAGGAUUGUAGGGAGGUUUGCGCGGAUGCUAGACGAAGCAAAAAUGUUUUUAUAAGUACAGAGUAGCCGAAAGUUCGUAAUAGGCUGGUUAGUUGUUUCACUGGCUGUAGAAGAUUUUUACAAUGAUUUUAAGCUGAUACCAGUCGAUCGUGAUAUUAGAUGCCAUGUAGUAGGGAUUUAGAUCAAAGUAUCUGCUGUAAGUAACGGAGCACAAGGGGUUUACAGGUAGAGAAGAUGAUGGUUAAAUCCAGCCGGAAGCCCGCUUGUUGGGUUUUGUUCGGCCUCUUCAUAGCAUUUAUACUUGCCCUCCCAGCUUACAUCUCCCCAGAUUCUAUGAUCCAGAAUGGACACAUGAAUGACAAGACAUUCAAUUGGUUCCGAUGGUCACCUAGGAGUAAAUUGGAUGAUUCUACGGGUAGCUACUCUUGUCCUCUCAAAAUAUACAUGUAUGAACUUCCACGCAAAUUCAACAUGGGUAUGCUCAAGAAGGACAAGAAUCAAGAGAUUCCCUGGACAAACCACGUUGCACCUCCAUGGAAACAGAAAUUCGAGGUCAACAAACAGCACAGCGUCGAAUACUGGUUGAUGGUUUACUUAUUGGAUGGUUGGGACCGCAAGGAUGGGAAAACGGCGGCUGUUAGAGUAAUAGAUCCAGAACAAGCGGACGUGUUCUUUGUGCCGUUUUUCUCAGCUCUAUCUUUUAAUAGCCAUGGCCAUGGUAUGAGUGAAGGGGCAGCGGCCGACAAACGGCUUCAAGCAGGUUUAGUGGAUAUAUUAUCUAAAUCCAAAUGGUGGCAGGCAUCACAAGGUCGUGACCAUAUCCUUGUUGCUCAUCAUCCCAAUGCUUUGAGGCAUUAUCGAGACAUGCUUAACCAAUCGAUCUUCAUAGUUGCUGAUUUUGGGAGGUACGACAAAACUGUAGCUCGAUUAAGCAAGGACGUUGUAGCACCUUAUGUACAUGUUUUACCUUCAUACGACCAAGAUAAUCCCGCGGACCCAUUUUCAUUGCGCAAGACGCUCCUAUUCUUUCAAGGAAGAAUUCACCGCAAAGGUGAUGGGAUUGUUAGGACCAAGCUGGCAGAGUUGCUGGCGAAUAAUUCCGACGUUCACUAUGUUGAUAGCUUGGCCUCUGCAGAAGCGAUUGCAACGUCGACCGCAGGUAUGCGGACUUCACGCUUUUGCCUUCAUCCAGCUGGAGAUACACCGUCAAGUUGCCGGCUAUUCGACGCCAUCGUCAGUCAUUGUGUGCCUGUCAUAAUUAGUGAUAGAAUUGAGCUACCGUUUGAAGACGAUCUCAAUUACAAAGAUUUUUCUAUAUUCUUCUCGUCCGAAGAGUCAGUAAAACCGGGUCACUUGCUGCGCACAUUGAGGAGUAUCACGAGGGAGAGAUGGUUGCGAAUGUGGAACGCGUUGAAGACCGUCUCCCACCACUUCGAGUACCAGCAUCCACCCAAGAAGGACGAUGCAGUUAAUAUGAUCUUCAAACAGGUACAACACAAAGUACCUGCUCUGAAACUUGCUAUCCACCGGUCCCAGAGGCUUAGAAUUCCUGAUUGGGUGUGAAGUUGAUUCUGAGUGGCUUUAUUCAGAGGGUAAGUGGAGCUCAGAGCAAUCAGAUGCUCACAUUGAACUUGUGAGCCAUUUGCACAGUUCAUUCCAGAGCUAACAAUGCCAUGUGCAGUUGCCCACAGUUGACUCUUUUACAUACAUGAUUCAGUAAAUUGCAACUAGUGGCGAGCAUUGCUGCUCCCUAGGUGUUGAACGGUUGCAGUAAACCUGUUGAGCGAACACAUCUCAAGUGGCAACGCACAUGGCUCGGUCCCCACCUUCCGUACA